UUGUUCCAAGGGAAGUGACGUGUAGCUUAGUUUUCCUGCACUAAUUUAUUUUUACGCAGGAAACCAUGUACAUCAGUUUGUGAUCACGUGUUCACGAACGAACAAACAAACAAGCACCAUGGACAGCGGCGUUACUGAUUUUAUACACUAGAGGGCAGCAGCAGGAAGAGUUUGUAAUAAAAUGACAGUCUUCAUUAUUAAUUAUAACUUCUAGAUAUUUUACUUUACAAUUAAUUAGUCUUAAUAAAAAUUCAUUAUAUAUCAUUUGUUAUAAUAUUUUAAUCCCUGGUGUCUAGUGAAAAGUAACCCAGUACAUUUUUAAGCAAGUGCUGCGGGAACCGUAAUAUAAAGUCAAACAAAAUAAUGAUCAUCAAAAAUAGAAUGCCUACCUAACAAAAGUUAAACAAUUUUAAGAAUAACAUUAGAUUAAAAUAAAUUGAGAAAAAGUAUAUAGUGAAUUUUCAUAAUUAAGGACACGGGAAUUGUCAAGUGAUGUUAUUGGAGGACAGGACUAUGAAUAGAAUAGUCCUGAAACAGAAAUAACGUCAAGCAUGCGCUUUAUUGGAAUAAGUAUCAACCCUAUUAAAAUAUAAUUGAAUUAUAGCAGAAUUACUGGGACAAUGCGCGACCCCGCGUGGUCAGACAGGGGCGGCGGCGCGCAUAGUUGGAGCACGCGGUGCGAGCGAGCGAGCGCGCGCGCGUCUCCGUCUCUAACCGAAAAAGGAGAAACGAUUGUGCUCGAUUGAACUACCGCGAACGCCGCAGCGAUGGACGCUGCUCUGUAAAUUAUGUAAAAUAAAGAUGUAUCGCGCUGUUUUCUUGUGAAUACGUCGCCGUUACAUUCACCGGCGGAAAGGUGUGCUGAUAAUCUGGCGGAAAGGGAGAGCAAUAUGUUUUUACCAGAUGAUGUGUCCAGGAGGAUUUGCAGGAUUUAACGACGCCGCUCAAACAAGCGAAGCACACGCUCGUCCGAGAAAAGGAGUAAACACCGGCAACGCCAUACUACAAUUUACGAUUAUAUCCGACGAGAUGCUGACGAACUGUUGAGUCUUCCCAUUAAAUUAGGAGACCCUUUCGACAGGCUUGCCUCAGUUCAAAUAACGAACAGAGGAUGCAGCACACCGGAUACACCUGAAAAUCUCCCCUCACUCACCAAAGGUCAUUAACCUGUGACUCAGUCACCGCUGAACCAGCCACAAGAAACUCUUGGUAGGAAAUGGAGAUAAGAAAAGUACACAGCAAUAGCUGAAGUGACCUACACGGAUACUUUUAGCAGUGUACACAUUCUCUGAUACUCCUGUGAACUCGAGGGAUCGUGGAGGAUAAGUGCCACAGAAAAGAGCGAGUCAUUCCUGUCGCUGACAGCUGGCAACACUGGAAGAACGCCUGAGGAACUUCAUAAGAGGGUGAGAGGGUGAUCACUGAGAGAGAGAGACGGGGACAGACAGAGAGCCAGAGUGCAGGAGGGGGCGGCGGCGGAGGAGGACGAGGAGUGGGAAAGGUCAAUCGCCAUGGCGACAGACCCAGGAGAGCCCACUGCCACGGAGGAGUCCUCUGGAGAGAAACCUGAUGGAGAGAGGGAGGAGGAGAGUGACCAGGGGAACAGGGCCGCCCGUGAGAGAGAGAGGGUGCACAGCACUCCAUCUGACUUACCCUCCUCCCAGAGCCAGGAAAGAAGAGCAUGGGGCGCAGGAGGAGGAGGUGGCGGAGUGGAGGACUGUAAAGAAACGGAGGCACCGGUCAGACCUCUGACCUUCGUCAUGCCCUCCUCCCCAGUGACUCACGAACCUUGCCGGAAACGGGAGAACAAACGCUUUUUCCGGAAGAGUGUAGAGAUCUGUGAAGAAGAUGAUGAGGUGGAUGAUAUCCCAGAUGCCCCGCAUAGCGCCCCUCACCUCGAGUUUUGUGCCUCCGACUCUGUGUUCACCAGCGGAGCCCAGCAGUUACCCACCAGUGCCUCGGCUGCCUUGGGUGAGGACAGCACUCAGGGCACGCAGGAUCAUGAUAAGGCCGGCAUUUCUGUGCCCACUUUGAAAGGGAAGGAGAGAGAUAGAGAACAGGAAGAAGAGGCUGAGAUGAAGGCCGUCGCCACUUCGCCUGGUGGACGCUUUCUAAAAUUUGACAUCGAGCUCGGCAGAGGAGCAUUUAAAACGGUUUACAAAGGCCUGGACACGGAAACCUGGGUGGAAGUUGCCUGGUGUGAGCUGCAGGAUCGAAAGCUGACCAAGGCGGAGCAGCAGCGCUUUAAAGAGGAGGCUGAAAUGCUGAAGGGUCUGCAGCAUCCCAACAUUGUGCGUUUCUAUGACUCUUGGGAGUCUGUUCUUAGAGGGAAGAAGUGCAUCGUCCUUGUGACCGAGCUCAUGACCUCAGGAACACUUAAAACGUAUCUUAAGCGCUUUAAGGUGAUGAAGCCCAAGGUUUUACGCAGCUGGUGCCGGCAGAUUCUGAAGGGUCUCCAGUUCCUACACACUCGUACGCCACCCAUUGUGCACCGUGACCUCAAGUGUGAUAACAUCUUCAUCACAGGCCCAACAGGAUCAGUAAAGAUUGGGGACCUGGGCCUUGCCACCCUCAUGCGGACUUCGUUUGCCAAGAGUGUCAUAGGUACUCCAGAGUUCAUGGCUCCGGAGAUGUACGAGGAGCACUAUGACGAGUCAGUGGAUGUCUAUGCCUUUGGCAUGUGCAUGCUAGAAAUGGCUACCUCAGAGUACCCAUAUUCAGAAUGCCAAAAUGCUGCACAGAUCUACCGCAAAGUCACAAGUGGCAUCAAGCCUGCCAGUUUUGACAAAGUAAAUGACCCUGAGGUAAAAGAAAUCAUUGAGGGCUGCAUUCGCCAAAACCGAUUAGAGCGGCUCUCAGUGAAGGACCUCCUAAAUCAUGCCUUCUUCGCAGAGGACACCGGUGUGCGUGUGGAGCUUGCAGAGGAAGAUACAGGCUGCAAAGACUGCCUGGCCCUGCGCAUCUGGGUUGAAGAGCCAAAGAAACUCAAAGGCAAGCACAAAGACAAUGAGGCCAUCGAGUUCAGCUAUGACCUGGAGAAUGAUAGUGCUGAAGAAGUUGCAUUAGAAAUGGUAAAAUCUGGCUUUUUUCAUGAAAGCGAUGCUAAGGUAGUGGGGAAGUCCAUCAGAGACAGGGUGACUCUAAUUAAGAAGUCUCGUGAACGGCGGCUCCUCCAACAGCAGCAGCAGCAACAACAACAAAGUCUGGAUGAACGCCGUGAUUCCUCGGUCCUUACCACCUCCAUUUCGUAUGUUCAUCCUUCUUGCACCACCUCCUCACAGGGCACAGGUGCCACUGCAGCUGCUGGGGGUCAAGGAGAGGCAGAGGAGCUGCCAGAAGUUGACCAACAUGUCCAACAGCAAGGCGCUGCAUCAGGCCUCACAGAGAGUGAGGGUCUUGCUACUAUCACUGGACAAAGCCAAACCUUUUCAGCACCCGAUUCAGGGAAUCCUUGUGUUCAUACUCAAACCAGCUACCCCACUGGCACAUCUGGAGUGAACGGAGCAGGGGUUUUGUCUCACCCUCAGCUGCUCCCUAUUGGUCAGAGCGGAGGGGUUCCAAAUGUGCCUGUUGGCCAGAAUGGUGGGAUAUCUGGCAUUUCCAUUGGCCAAAGUGGUGGUGGGGCUCAGACUUUCAUUCAACCUGUCACUAUGGCUUCUCAGGUCCCAUUAAGUGUGCCUCAACAAUAUUCUCAGCCCCUUCCACCUUACUCAGCAGAUGUCGCAUCCUCACAAAUGUUACACUCCCGGCCUACUGAUGCCUCCACUCCCCACAGUUCCCUAAUACAGUCACAGACGUACAUGCCCCCAGUAUCACCCCAGGCACCCAUGGCUGUCCUCACUUCCUCUAUCCCGACUGGAGAACCCAUAGCACCAGCAGGCAACAUCAUGCCACCCAUACAGACCCAAACUAGUAUUCCUCCUGUUCAACCCACUGAUGUUUUGCCCCAGCAAACUGUUGUUCAAACACAACAGCAGGUGAUGCCUGAAUUGCCCAGAACGCUGCAACCGAACAUCCAACAACCAACACCACAACAGCAGGCAAAUGUAAUGCAGCAGCACCAGACAGUCUUGUUGCCACAGCAAACUGACCAGGUUCAGCAAAUUAAGGUUUUAUUACAACAGUCACAGCACGCAGAACAACCCCAGGUGGUUCUGCAGGAACAGGCGUCACAUUCCAAUGUAUCUCAGCAACCAUACAUCCCAUUACCACAGCAAGCACCGCCAACAAUGACCAACCCACAGCAAAGUGAGCUGCAACAGCAGGUGUACAUACAGCACCCUCAAAGCAAACCCCAACAAGUUGUGAUACAGCCUCAAGUUCAGCGGCAUCAGACAUCAGUACAACAACCCUCAGUUGAUCAGUACCAACAACAGACUCAGCAACAGCAAGUUUAUGUGCCACAAAUGGCAGAAUCACAAGACCAGAAUGUCAUAAAGACCAUGAUACAACAGGUACCGGUGCUGCAAACAAUUCAGCAGCCAUUACAAUUGUUAGAGCAACAACAGCAGCAGCUUUUGAUUAGGCAACAAAUUGAGCAGCAACAGAAGGCUGCUUUACAAAACCAAAUGGAGCAACAUCAACAACAAGUUUAUGUUCAGCCACCACAACAGCAACAAGUGGAACAACAACAAAUUCUUCUGCAACAACAGCAAAACUUGGCAGUAAAGCAACAGAUAGAGCAACAGCAGCAUGCAUUAAAACAACAAAAGCAAAUAGAGCAGCAGCAAAAAGCCAUUUUACAGCAACAGGCAGAACAGCAAAGACAGCAGCAACAGACUUUGUUUCAACAACAGCAGCUGGAGCAGCAGCAAGUAUUACUGCAGCAGCAACAGCGCGAACAACAACAGGCUCUUCUCCAGCAACAACAGUUGGAGCAGCAAGCUUUACUGCAGCAACAGCAGCAACUUCAAUUAAAGCAGCAACAAGCUCUUCUACAUCAACAACAGCUGGAGCAGCAACAGCAGGCUUUGUUUAAACAGCAGCAGCUGGAGCAACAGCAAGCUCUUUUACAACAGCAGCAGCAGCAAGCUCUUAUUCAGCAGCAGCAACAGUUAGAGCAAAAAGUACUGCUACAGCUGCAACAGCAGCAACACAUCGAUCAGCAGCAAAAUUUAUUACGCCAACAGCAGCCUCAGCAGAUGGAGGCUGUUUUACAGCAACAGCCACAGCUUCAGAACUCAACUGAUCAACAAUUGCAGCAGCAAAUAUUUCAACAACAGACAGAGCAGCAACAGAUGCAGCAACAUCUACUGAUGAAACAACAGCAGAUGGAUUUACAGCGACAACAAGCUCUACAAGCUGAAAAACAGCGGCAGCAAGUUUUAUUACAACAACAACAUUUGGAGCAACAUGCAGCUCUGGUGGAUCAUAGUGGGCAACAACAAGCAACCCUAGUGAAAGCACAGUCUCCAGAAAUGGUCCAGCAGAUUAGUCAAGUGCAGCAGUCUCAAAAAAUGAUGUCUCUACAACCCCAGCCUCAUCUUGCUCAACAACAAACUGACCAGCCACAGGUCCUGACUCAGCAACAAGCCAUUCUUCCCCAAGCAACACACAGGCCUUCUCUGGCAGACUUGCAAAUCCCAACCCUUCUUCAAGCAGCACCUAAAAUAGUCAGUGCUCAAAUACCUGCCCAAGUUCAAGCCCCAGUACUUUUGCAGCAACAAGUACCACCUCAGAUGUCAGCUCCACCUUCAGCACAAGUACAACUCCAGAUUCAAGGUGAACCAACAAUUUAUAACCAGAUUCCAAUGCAGAGUCAAAGUCAUCCCACACAGCAGUCAAUGGGAGGUCAUAUUCAUACAGGCCAGUUGCAAAUUCCACAAACAACCCAACAAGUCACAUCCCCAACACAAGUUCCUUCGCCACAACCCAUUCAUUCUUUUGUUCCAACUCCAACACAGAUGGUCUCACAAGGGCAAACCCUUCCACCUCAAGCUCAGCUGGUACCCCCUCAAGCUGCAGCUUCUCUCCAGUGUCAAGUUGCAGUAGGGUCAUCUGCACCUGCACCUCUUGUACAAGCUACAGUCCCGACUGCUACUACACUUGUGCCCACACAGUAUGCUCAAGGACCUGUUGCUUCUCAAACUAUCCAGUCUGUUCAGUUAGACCUCACUCAACCUGUGAAGCAACAACAACAACAACAGCCGCCUCUGCAGCAAUAUCAGCAAGCGGUACUAUCGCCAGUGUCACUUGCACCUACAAUCAACCCAGUGGCUUCUUCCUCAACACAGUGCUAUUUACAGCAGGCAAACCAAACACAAAUGCAGGUCCAAACUCAAGUAAUUCAAGCUCAGCAACAACCAGUCAGUUUGGCCUCGAUGCAGGCAGUCUUGCAGCCCCUGCCUUUAGUGCAGCCUCAGGCUACCCAACAGUAUGAACAAGCCCACCAUGUGCAGCAACAACCCCUUCACCAUCAGCAUCAGGCCCAAACAGUCCAGCAGCUUCUGCCACCAAAUACUGUCAUACCACAAGAUCUUCAACAACAACCUUGUCAGCCUCAACCAGUGCUCCAGCAUGUGCUCCCAUUACACAUUGCACCCAGUCAAGUACCUCAGACCCAAGCUAGUACAGUACCUUUGUACAGUCAGGUGGUGUCAGCCUCCCCCCAGCAGAAAUUAACUCUUCCUACUCAAACACAGUCUAGCAUGCAGUCACAAGUGCACUCAAACUCUCAGGCACAGACUCACGUAGAACCCACUGGAGCUUUUGAGCAUCCUCAUUAUAUCCAAACUGCCUUUAUGCCAUCACAGAUUCCCACAAGUCCAUCUCAUACUUCCAUACAGCCCUCUUCCACUCUCCCAGCCCAACAACCAGUUGUCCCAGUUUCAGAAAUUCCUGUCCCAGCAGACACACAGCUAACCCAGGCAAGGCCUGCUGAUUUGAUCCCUGCUUCCACUCCUACUGUCAAUACUACCCAGUCCCAUGACUCAAACGGCUCAGUGCUGACCACCGCCGUGCUGGCUGAAAGUGACGCCGCAUUGCUGGGCAUUGCUCAGGAAAGCCUAAAUCAGUCUGCCAACAGGGGAUCUUUAUUAUGCUCUGCUCCUGCCAAUGGAGAUGAGGGCCAGUUGGUGUGGCCCAGUGGAAAACUAGAUAAGGCAAAAUGUCAGAGGAGAUCAUCUUGUCAGAAGACUGAAAAAACUCACUUCCAACUCUGCAUGUUGCAGGUCUCAUGCACAGGAGACAACAUGGUAGAGUGUCAGUUGGAGACUCACAGCAACAAGAUGGUCACGUUCAAGUUUGACAUUGAGGGAGAUGCACCUGAAGACAUCGCAGAUUACAUGGUGGAGGAGGACUUCGUCCUUGAGCCUGAGAAAGAGAAAUUUGUUGAGGAGCUGAGAUCUAUAGUGAAGAAAGCUCAAGCAAUACUAAGUACUCAGUCGCAGACUGGAUCCUUAGAGCAGCUCCAAGUGAGCACCCCAUCCAGUGCAUCAAUGGAUUCAGCACCUCAGUCUUCUCCAGUGGGUCGCUGGCGGUUCUUCAUUAACCAGACUAUUCGUCACCGUGAUUCGCACUCCAACCAAGGAGCUUCGACUCCCCCUCCAGUGGGAGAAAACAGAGUUCCCAAGACCAUAGAAACUGAGAAAGAUCAUGAGAGCCCGCAGCGCUCCGAGUCUUUUGCUGGAAUAGCAUCUUCCCCAAGUUCUUCACUAUCUGCAUCUUCUCCUCCAGUCUCUACUGUAUCAGCCCCUGCAUCCAUGUCAGCCUCAGCCUUGGCUGCCCAAAAGGAUUUAACACCUGCUGCCUUGCCAGCAGUAGAGCAAGUCUCCUGUACUAUGCUGACUGCAGGUCCAGUCCCUGUCAUGGCCCCCAGCACUUCUGCCACUGCUUUCCCUGCAGCCAUGACCCUUACAGGCUCUAAUGUAGACCAAGGAGAAUCGGCAGUUAAAGGUGAGGGUGAACAGUCUCUCUCUACCUUAUCCGCUUAUGUGACCCCUCCAACAUCACUGGUGACCCAUGCUGACCCAUCUCAGCACUUAAUUGCUCAAACCCAAAGGGCACCCUCACAGAUACUGGAUAUACCUCGACAAACCCAGACACUUCAGUCAACAAUGGUCAUAACUGAACAGGCUCAGCAACCGCAGAUUACACCUCAGCCACUUCUGCAGGACACUCAACAGCUACCUAAACCAGAGUCAAAAUCGCUACCACAGGCAGUGCCAAAAGAGAUGGUCCCUUUGCAUGGUCUUUCAGCUGCCCAAGUUCAGCAGGUCCCCCUCCAACAAGUACCAGUAGAAUCGCAACAGCAGCCAAUGCAACAGACCACAUUCUUACAGCAAACAGCUAGUGCAGAGCAGAUCCAGCAGCACACGGCAGAACAGUUUGUAUCUCAAGAAACCAAAUCAGCUCCAAUGAUACUGACCAUGCAUCCACAGCAUGACUUCCAGACCCAGGAUCCUCAGCAGGUUCAAGCUCCAUUUCAGCCUGUGAUCCCCCAGCAGGCUCCAACUGAGCAAACCCCGACAUUAUAUAAACAGGUAGCACAUGAUAUGAUGCCAAUGGCAAAAACCACAGUACAGAAGCAAGUGUCUUUCCAGCAGUCAGAGUCUGAGCUGUCCACGGGUGAGGACACCGUCAGCCACUCUGCACUUCCGCAUCCCUCUUCCGACACCUCUCUCCCACCCCUCCCGCUCUCUGAAACAGCUCUUCCUCCCCUCUCCCACACAUUCACUCCUUCUCCAGCACAGCCCUCUUCAGUAGCAGAGUCGGACAGUGAAGGCCCUCCCAAAAUUGAGUUUGUGGACAACCGAAUCAAGACUUUGGAUGAGAAAUUGAGGACUCUGCUCUAUCAGGAGCACAGCGGCAGUGGAGCAGCUCUGGGUAGUGCCUCCACAGGUGGAACUGCUCCAGCCUGCUCCACUUCAGGAUCUGCCACAGCCUCCACCGCAGUUGAUGAGUCUUCAGAAGUCCCCUACGCAUUCUCCCUACCUCCUGCCACCUCCUCAGACACCUCCCCUCACUCCACCUCUUCCACAACAUCGUCCACCACCCCUCGCUCUUCCUCCACCUCCCCGGAUGGAGAGCGUGAGAGAGCAGGCGAGGAGGAUACGACUAUCCCACCUGCGGUACAACACCAGCCUGCCUCCACUACAUCCCCUCCAUGCUCUCUUCUUUCCCAUCCACAGGAGCCUGGAUCCUCAAAAGUUACUAUUCACUCAUCAGUAAGCGCUCCCCCUUCUCUCUCUGACAGCUUCACCCCUGGAGAUGUUCUGUUGCCUUCCUCUUCUCAGCCGCCCAUCCCACUGUGGCCUGGACAGCAGCAGCACAAUGAAGGAGGUGGAUAUUUUGGCCUAAACCUGACAUGUCCUAGUAUCAGAAAUCCUGUUAGCAAGAAAUCCUGGACUCGCAAAUUCAAAAGCUGGGCAUGCAAACUGCGCCACUCCGCCAGCUUGUUCAAGAAGCCCAGAGUCCAGCAAGAUGGCAACUCUAGCCAGGGGAUGAAGGAGGCAUCUACAGAUGACCAACCCUGCUCACGGAGAGGCCGUUUCCAGGUGAUUCCAGUAUCCCAGUCUGCAGAGACCCUUCCAACGCAGGAAGCUCCACCAAGCCAAAUGAUGAGAGUUGGCCGUUUCUCAGUCUCUCAAGCUGAACAUCGAGAGGAGCAUUUGACCGACAGCUCCCCUGUGUCACCUGACCUGGAGCGAGAGAGGAGGAAAAUGAAAGACGAGAGGAGAACGACAGCACCCAGCCACCCAUCCAAGAGUCACGCGCACUCACCCCUGGGCAGCAGUGAUGAUGAGAGCGAGGUGGAGGAUGAAGACUUGAGGAAAGAACUGCACAAGCUCCGAGAGAAACACAUCAAAGAGGUGGUGUCCCUGCAGGCACAGCAGAACAGAGAGCUGCAGGAUUUGUACAAGCAGCUCCGCUCUCUCAAAGACCACAGACAGCCAAUGUCCAUGAGCCUGUCCCGCACCUCUCCUCUGCCCUCCGCACCCCUCGCCAUCUCCCCACGCAGACCCCGACCCGCCAAAGCCAAGCUCCGGCCUCGACCACACUCUCACAUGGAUAACAACGGAGUUGCACACCAAGGGAGUCUUCAGCAGUCUAGCAGUUAUUCUGGUGGGGAGCAAAACAGGCUACAUUCAUACUGCAAGCCAGAGAAAUCACAAUCCCUGACGUCUAAUAGAGACCACAGUCCUUCAGCCCAGGGUUCUGCCAACAGAAAGAGCACAUUCACAGAUGAGCUGCAUAAACUUGUUGAUGAGUGGUCAAAAGAAACUGUUUGUCCAGUUCAGCCCAAGCCUUCGCUGAAUCAGAUUAAACAGAUCCAACAAGUGCAGGAGUUGGGUGGAUGGAGCCAGACUGCAGAGACAACAGCUUCGUCGGGUUGGUUUUCCGGGGCCCCUUUGAGUACACCUGCAUCAGUCAGCAUGACCACCAUGACAUCCACCCCCUAUAUCAGUGGACAAACACAGCCGCCUCCGACGCAAUUCCCCAUCGUUUCUCUACCCCAGCAGAACGUGCAUCCACAACCCAGCCUGCACCGUCAGCCUCUGCAGUACAGCCCUUCACCCCUGCAGCAGGCCCAGCUCCCAGUGCCUGCAACGGGACAAACACUGCCCCCAACCAAUCCAGACACUGUAUUCUGCUCAUGCUCCUCCUCCUCGUGCUCCUCCUCCUCCUGCUCCACCUCCAGUGCCAAACUUCACCCCAAACCCUCCACGUCCACCCUUCCUUUAGGACAGCAGUGAGCAGAUACUGAUGUACAUCUUGUACAGUAUGGACUCCAGUAGCAAGCGGUUGCCUGUUGGUGUGUGUGUGUGGGUAUGGGGGUGUAUAAAUACUGUAGUGUGUGUA